CGAUGUCAGGAUGGGUCAGUGUGAGGAAUGAAGGAGUGUGGAAUAAGAAGCUCUCGGGCAUCUUUCUCAGCAUCUUCUUCGUUUACACGUGCUUUGGGUGAGCGAGGCAGUUCGCGUUGUUUUUGACAGACUUUAUUCGUUGACAAAACUGAAAUAAUGAUACUAUUUUGAUGGGGUAUUAUUUAAAAAUAUCUUUGUAUUAACGGUGAACAUUUGUUCUAUUUACGAAAGUUAUGUAACCACGAAUUUUUACGGAAAAACAUUAAUUUGGAAGUUGUAUUUGCAGUUCUGGAUUCGGAAAAUCGUUAAAAUAGUUAAUGAAAUUGAGGCAGGUAUACUUUGGACAACAAGUUUAUCAACAAAUUGCUACAAGAAGACUGCUUGAUAAUUAUCUGAUAAUGCCAGAUGAAAGCAUGUAAGAGCUUAAGCUUUUUAUUGCCUUAUUUAAAGCAAUAGUAGAAACUACAUUAUUCAGAAAAAAUUUGGAAUUUGUGGUAACGUUUGGAACAAAAAACCAUGUGAAUCUCCACACUUAUUUUUGAACAAUGCAGGUCAAAGUGUGCAGACACCAAUGCAAGCAUAACAGCAACACCAAACCGCAAUUUUUUGGUUCCCAUACAUCCCCUUGCACCGUGGUGCAUGUCGAACUAGUAACUUCGUGGCCAGUGACGAUCCUCUGGAUUCUCCUGUCAUGGCUCGUGUCCACACUGGCAACAGCUGCCUAUGUGCAUCCAGAGUGGUUUGUUCGAGAGACACAAGGGAAGACAGACAUUCUAAAAUACGACCGGGAUGAACUUGUUACCACCCUGGGGAUGGUGUCUGUGUGCCACCGCGGACAAUUGAAAGGCAGUUUAGAAGAAUUGCAGUGUAGGAACUUUGAUGAGGACUUUCCAUCGAGUUCAUGGCAGACUUCUUACGUACUGUUUGGAAGUGGCUGCGUCCUACUGACCUGGUGCUCUAUUCUAGCUUUCUGCAAUGUGUGGAUCGUUGGUAAAAAGAAUAGACAGUUAGUGGCCAUGCUCAUAGGCAGAAUACAACUGGUGGCCGUUAUUCUCCAGGCUGCGUCACUGUUGAUGUAUCCAUUGAUUUUGGGAUCCUCAUUUGCCAAAAUCCAUUGUGGCCCCCUGUCCGAAAUAUACUAUCCAGCGGGUUGUAGGAUUGGCUGGGCCUACAUAGCUGCCAUUACAUCCACUGUUCUGGCUUGCUACUGUCCUUUGCUGGCUCAUUUCUCACAUUACAACAUUUUUAGUCCAUGCCUAUGGACAGAAAUAUGAAGAAAAGCAACAGUCUGAAAAAGGAGUGAUUUAUCUCAGUGAUAACACCAUUGAAGCUGGAAAACUCUGGCCCUCGAAAUGAACUGACUUCUUCAUCUAUGUGACCAAAUCUUGACACUUGAAAGUGUGUUUCUAGUCUACAGAAAAUAUAUUUAUUUAAAAACAAGCAAAACAAAAUGUAACAUUUUUCUGGCUGAUUGUAAAUAGUGUGUAUACAUUGAAUCAUGUGCUUAGUCCAAAACAUAUUGAUGUGAUAUGCAUACAAUUUAUGUGCAAUAUAAACCAUGUAAAUAAGAGAAAGCAUUAUUACUUCUAUGCAGAAACAAAACUUGUUUACUUUAUACUCCAUAAUUAUUCGUGUUACAUCGUACAUGAACUAACUAUAUCAUUUCAGUUUGACAAAAUUACUUUUUUUAAUCGAUAGAUCAAGAAUAAAAAUAGACAUUUAAGGUACAAAAUUUUACCAUUUAAUAUUAUAACAACAAAGUAAAUGUCAGUCCAGUUUACACUAGUUUGUUUAAAAAAAAUUAACGUACACGUUCAUCACUUUAUAAGUGCACACUGGCUAUUCAUUUGUGUUUUGUAAUUACCACUCAAAUUACAUUGUACACUAAUAUAAAAUUAAGUUUAAAAAAUAUACAACAGAGGUUUCAAAUCAAUUUUGAAAUAAUGCGAAAUUAAAAACUAUUUAAAUCUAAAAAAUAAUUUCGAGGGAAGGCGGAUUGAAAGCAUCAAAGCGUUGGAUUACUGCAGGAAGCAGAUGUUAAAAAACAAAUAAUCUAUAUUAAGUGUGAUGUAUCAUUAUAAAAUAAUCAAUACAGAACAGUAGAUAUGUGUCAUUAAAGAACAACCUGCAAACAAAUAAAAAUAAAAAUGGAGUAUAACAUGCAAAUUAAAAAAAAAAAUUUCUCGCGCUAUAAAAAUUUUUAGACUUUAUACUUCUAGAAAAAUACUUAUUUAAAAAUUUAAGAUCUAAUUUUUGAAUUAAAUACUAAAAUUUAAUUCUUGAACUUUAAAAAUUUGAUACUGAAUUCGAAACAUGUUACCCUUAUAACUUUUCCAAAAUAAGUCAUACAAAGUACUAAUUUCACAGGGUGUUCUGCGCUCACCACCUUUAAUAUACACUUUCAAAACUCUUGUCAUAACAGUAAGCACAUUUUGGGUUGAAAAUUCAUAUUGAGAAUUCAAAUCAAUCCCCGUGGUUUUAUAAUUAAUAAAUGUGUUGAAUCAUUUCAAGGAUUAUGUUUGUUCUACACGAAAUUGCUUUUUUUAGUUAAUUUACGUUAAUUUUAAGAUCAUUAAAAUGAUGUGUCAAGUCAAAGAAAAUCAGCAUUUUCGAAAUCUUCUUCUUUUGCUUCUAAUUUACAUUUGAAGACCAUUAAAGCUGCUCGUAAUAUUUGCGCUGCGCAUGAAGAGAAGACCAUAGCUGAAAGGACAAUUCGCGACUAGUAUGCUAAGUUUAACAAUGAAAAUUUCGACUACAAAGACGCAUCUCAUUCUAAGUUUCCAAUCAAGUUUAAUAGAACGAUUAUAUCAACCUUCUCACGAAAUUUCGUGCCAAACAAGGCAACUGGAAGAGAAUAUAUAAACACGGAAAAUCCUGCUGAGUCCAAUGAAGCUGAAACCAAUUAAUUAAAAUUGCACUUAAAUCUCUGUUAAAUAUCUUAUAAUUCAAAUAAUUUGGUUAAAAUUGACA